AUGCAGCAUCAUCCCCACCACUCGCAGGGUCCGGCGCCUCCCCAGCACCUACAGCAUCCUCGGCCCUCGAGUAUCGUUCACCAGCAACAUCACCAGGCGCCGCAACAACCUUCGGCGUAUUCGUCAACACAUUCGAUCCAGCCGGCCUACCAGCAGACUGGACACGCGCCGAGUGCUCAACACGCGCAAGACCUGCCUUACUACGCUCACCAGAGCCCGUACAGCACUCCAGGCACGACGAGCGGAUAUACGUCCGCAGACACCUCCGAUAUGAUGGCCGCAGCUCAAAUGCCUAGACCAUAUCCUCCAAUGUCAUAUCAUACGCCUCAAUCGAAUUCGCCAGCUUCUGUCGCGUCACCGUCAGGUCACGAACAACACCGAAGUCUCUAUGGUCAGCCAACAUCCCAGAUUCAGCCCCAAUCUAUGUACUAUGGCGCGCAACAACCACAAUACUCGUCCCUGCCGCCGCAAGCGCCCUCUCCGUAUCAGCAGCAUGCUCAACAGCCGCAUCAACCUAUGGCCUCGCAGCCAAAUAUGAUGAUGUCUCACACAGGUCCGCAGCAUCAGAUGGCGCAGCAUCCGAGCCAGCACGCGCAACCUGGAAUGACGGGAAGCCCUCGACAUACCAAAAUGGAGCCACAGAUGGCUGCGCAACUACAGCGACCCACGCCUGGGCCGUUAGGGACAUCUCAACCAACUCAAAACGGCGGGCAGCUAUCAACUCCUACCGGGUCAUCGACGCCUGGUGUCAACAAUAAUGCGGCGCCGGGACCAAUCCCAGCUACUACGCCUCUGGUGGUGAGGCAGGAUAACAAUGGUGUCCAGUGGAUUGCUUUUGAAUAUUCCCGUGACAGGGUGAAGAUGGAAUAUACGAUCCGCUGCGACGUCGAGUCUGUCAACACCGACGAACUCAGCAGCGAGUUUAAGACAGAAAACUGCGUUUAUCCCAGAGCAUGCUGUCCCAAGGACCAAUACAGGGGGAACCGGUUACAGUACGAGACUGAAUGCAACACCGUUGGUUGGGCAUUGGCUCAGCUUAAUCCAUGUCUUCGCGGGAAACGAGGACUUAUUCAGAGAGCUGUCGACAGCUGGCGGAACAGCAAUCAGGACCCCCGGUUGCGAAGUCGACGCGUGCGCCGAAUGGCCAAGAUGAACAAUCGCAAGGCGGUUCAGACUCCCCACUCCACACACAUGUCCGGUCCCAGUGGUCCGGCAGGGAUGUCCACCCCUGGGGCCAUUGGCCCUGGUGGCGGUACGCCCAUGGGGAAACCUGGAAUGAGUAACAUGGGUCCGCAGAUGCACCAUCACCACGCCCACGAAGGAGGUGCUCAGGGUGGAGGAGACGAUGUCGGGGAUGGAGAGUAUAUGGAUGGAUCUCAUCAUCACCAUCAUCAAGCACCCACUGGGCCGGGGUCUAGAAAUCAAGACGACGUCCGUCCCGCUCAAGUUUUUGCAGGCUAUCCCCAACAAUAUGCUAGCCAUCCAGCCUCCGGAUCGUCCAUGCCGCCAAUCCAUGAUGGGCUAAGCAACUCUCACCACAGCACUAUCGUAGCUCGCCGCAUGAGCAGAGAUGAUGAUAAGAACCCAGAAGGAUUGUUUCCUGAUAUACCCGAUGCUAAAAAGCGCAAGUUCAUACUAGUUGAGGAUAACAAGCGCAACUCUCGCUUGCGCGUACGCGUCACUCUCGAAGAAGUGAACCCUAAGGAGAUACCCGAUUCGUUUCGCAAGAGCUCGGCUGUAUUUCCACGCAGUUAUUUCCCGCGUGAAAUGCAGAGCCCGCCGCCAAGCGCUACUGGUAGUCAGUUCUUUCAAGACGACUUGAGCGACGACAAUGUUGAAGUCGACGGCGGGCGAACUGGGCGUGCCCGAAGGGGGAACGUCAGAGACCGAGUUAUGGUAAAAGCUCCGAUGUCUGAUGGGAAUGAGGCCGAGGUUGCCAUACCGAGGAUCAGAAGGGGCACGCGUAUAAAGGAAGUCCGGCUCAACGACCUGGCCUACCGCAUGGCAUGGUUGCAUAGCCGUGUAUUUGCGGGCAGGACAAUCUUCCUACAGCGAGCGCUUGACUGUUACCGUAACAAGACUUGUACUGCAAUCGAGGGUAUGGCACAAGACAUGAAGACAACGGUGCCCCACUACGAAACUCGCGUUGGCAAACGAAGAUGGGGUGAGCGAAUGCGUCGCGGCGAGAAGCAUGAUGACGAAUCUUGA